UUCCACAUUCAGUACAUUUCUUGUCACUUUAAACUUAACAACUUCUAUAAUGCACGCUAUAAAUCACAGUGAUUCAUGAUUUUGAUAACUUCGUUCUCAAUGCGUGCAAAAUGCACACUUUAUGGCUCACUAGCUCGAAACUAACAGAAUCAUGAAUUACACAGAACUCAAAGUAACUACUGCAUUCUCUUCAUUCUUUUAUCAUCCUGCUGGCUUUCUCUGCCAGGCUUAUAUACUAAUGAAGAGGGCAUCUCGAAUAAAGUCGGACUUCCUCGAUCAUUCGAGAAACUCAUCUGCAUCACGUGACUUCCGCUGUCAUAACAAAUUGAAAGACUAGUGCAAAUAUUACUGAAACCAAAAGUUUUUAUUCAUUUAACCUCAAAUCUUUUAAUUAUCUCUUCACAUUCAAUGGAAUUAUUGAUUGUAAUGAACACAUCGUUACUAAUCCUUUUUUAUUUCAUAAGACAAUAUUUAUUCAAAUACCCUAUAAUGUAUCUCAUACUAUUACCUAUUAGAACUGACAAGUCUUUAACUACUACUUUUUCUAUCCCAGGCAAUAAAUUUAUUUGUAUGGUGUUUUAUGGAGUUAGAGAAUACAAGAUAAGUUGGGUAUUAUGAGUUAUGACGGAAUGUUUUCCAAAGUAUGAUAAAAGUGUUAUGUGUUUCUCUGUGACACUAUUUAUAACUAUUGUUAACUGAAGAUUUUAAUUUUUUGAAUUAAACACUAGCUCUUUACAUAAAUGUGUAAUACAAUUAUUUCUAUAAAUUAAAUCAAAGAUUGUUAGCUGCUUUAUUAGCAAGAAUGAUGACUUUAUCUAGUAUGUAAAAUCUAAAUAUUCAGUAAUUUCUUUCUUGCUGAUAACUUCUUCAUUGUUUUAUGAAGUGAAUUUAUUUAAGUAUGUUAUGUAUACAUUUAUGGAUUAUGUCUUUAAUUCCAUUUAUCUAUUUUCUAACUAUAGAUACUUUUUAAACUCCAUAUAAGUUAACCUUUAUUGAGUGUUUCACUAUUAAACAGCAAAAUAUAAGGACAUUAAAAACGUGUUUGUUUCAUUUUUCCUAUAAGAUGAGCUGCGAGGUACUCUGGAGACCACUAAUGCUGUUUAUGUCUUAGUGGAAAAAGAAAUCAUUGAAAAAACCAGAAAUGCUACUCAAAAUCUUGACAACUUUAAGGACAUCUUCGUGUUUGGAAAAGCCGAGGAUUGUUUUUCCUUUUAUGACAUGAUACAAGAUGAUGAUGGUUUAGCUUAUAUUGGUCCUCCAAAACUAAACCCCAAAGAAGCUCCUGUGAUUUUGACAUUUUCCAGUGGGACGACUGGCUUACCAAAAGCUGUUGUUCAUACGCACUAUGGAAUUAUUACCUCCAUUAUGCAGCUUACGCAUCCUACUUCACUAAAGUUCUCGUUGGAAGAUAUCGUUCUAUCAACAUAUCCAUUUUGUCACUUAUCUGCCUUAAUGAUACUGUGUGCAGUAAUAAAAAACAAUGCAUCACUUGUUGUGGCUCCAUGUUACGACUUUGAUUUGGUUCUGAAAGUUAUUCCUCAGCACAAACCAAAUGUCUUUCUUACCAUUGUUUCUUUUGUCUAUAAACUACUAAUGGACCCAAAAGUUCAAGAUUAUGAUCUCACCAGCAUAAAGGAGAUUGUAACAGUUGGAGCACCUUUAAAUUGGAAAGCAAAUGAAGAGGUUAUUAUGAAUACGUUCCCAUUUUUGCAAAGUGUUCGACAAGCAUACGGUUUGAGUGAAACAAUUCUUCUCUCUAUUAUGGUGAAAGGAAGUGUUCUUCCUAAUUCUGUUGGAAAGUUAGUUUCAUCAACCGAAUUAAAGGUGAUAGACAUCACCACUGGCGUAACUCUGGGUCCAAACGAAUGUGGUGAGAUUUAUGUACGAGGUGAACAGAUGAUGAAAGGUUAUCUGAAUAAUCCUAAAAUAACAUCAGAAACAAUCACCACUGAUGGUUGGCUUGUUACAGGAGACUAUGGGUAUUAUGACUUAGAAGGAAACGUAUACAUCACCGACAGAAUAAAAGAAAUGAUCAAAACAGAAUUCUAUCAAGUUUCUCCAAUAGAAAUUGAGUCAUUGUUGUGCAGUCAUCCUGCUGUAGGUGAUGCUGCUGUAAUUGGAAUAGUGGAUUCUUCCUUGGAGGAAGUUCCACGUGGCUAUGUAGUGUUGAAACAAGGUUGUAAAGUGGAGCCAGCAGAACUUAUUCAGUUUGUGUCAGAUCGUGUAUCCCAUCCCAAACGCCUCAGAGGAGGAAUAGAGGUUUUGGACAAAAUUCCCCGUUCUGAAAUGGGAAAAAUUCAACGAAAAAUUUUGCAGAAUUACUAUUAUCAAAAUUACAAAUAAAUCAAAGCUUUGUACCCCCACUCCCAUAUUUUUGAAAUAUUGCUGUGACUCUGAAUAUUACAAUGAUGAAAACAAUAAAGUGUUGUAGUUGUUAGCAGCUA